GCAACCGUGACGAGUUCCCGACCUUCAGAUACCAGCUGAUCAGCUACUUGGGUGCCAUCGACCCGAGAUUGGCACAAGCAGUCACGACAGCAGCUACCCACGGCAAUGUCAUUACGCUUUCAGAGAUGGGUGACGAUAACAAGCAGCUUGCAGCGACGAUGGGAUACAUUCUGUCACAGCUGCUUGGAGGCAGCGCGUUAACCUUGGUGAUGAAUUGUGAGCCAGAUAACGGUCUGGAGCAAUGGCGACGUCUUUGUCUACGUGAGGAUGCGGCUACUGGCUCCAACAAGGUGACGCAGCUGCAGCUUCUUGUGAACACAGAGUUUUCAGGCAAGUGGGAGACCUACGUCGAGGAGCUCACGAAGUUUCUACUGGACAUCAAUCGAUAUCAAGAGAAGUUUUCAGAGGUGAUCUCAGACACCCUUGUCCAAGCCUUGAUCAAGAAGAACACGCCCGAGCCGCUGAAGACUCAAGUGAUGAUGCAGACCUUCACGAACCACCAGAUCCUACGGGAGACUUGCGAGGCCUUCGCUCAGCAGAUGAUGCAGCGCGACCCGAGGGUGACCAAGAAGAAGUUCGACCCGAACGCCAUGGACGUGGACGCUUUCGACAAGGGCGGCAAGGGCGAUUCCAAGGGCAAGGGCUUCGGCGGCAAGUCAGACCAGAAGGGCAGCGGUGGCAAGUCGAGCAGUCAAAGGAGUGCUUGGCAGAGUUCGGGCGGCAAAGGUGGCAAGGGCGACGGCAAGAACAAGAUGAAGAGCAAGAAGGGCGAGACGAAGCUCUUCGACGGAUGGUGUUCGAAUCCCCACUGCGGCAAGUACGGGCACAAGAUCGCGGAGGUCAGCGAUCCGUUUCUGAGGUUCAGCCAGGACUUCAACCAGCUCCAGGAUCGGGCUCAGCAAGUACGGUCCAUCCAGGAGAUUCAGCGUCGCAGACACGAGUAUGUGGAGCUGGACGCGUACAGGCAGCGGUACUACCAGAUGAUGAAGGGGGCUAUGACGGAGAAGUGCAAGCUCACAGGCGAGCCAGGUCAGUCUCUGCGAUCCAUUACUGGUAAGGGUAUUCGGGCUUGGGAUAAGCGGACGUUGACGGGUGAGGUCUUCGAUUCGAACACAUCGAUCCCUGCAAAGCUAGACGUCACGCCAGCUGAAGUUCGUAGAGGUGCCCUUUCAGUUGCAGAGAUGAAUGAUGCAGGUUAUUCGGUACACUUUGAUCCUGACGGAGCCAAGAUGUUCAAAAGCAACAAGAAUGUGCAGCACGAGAUAGAUAAAGCGAUCGAGUCGACAGUGACUUUGCAGUUACGACGGAAGGUGAAUGCGUUUCUUCUUCCCAUGAGGUUCAAGGAUCCGACAGGCUACGAGUCCAUCAUCGGCGAUGUCGAGGACCACUCUGAGAAGGACGACGAGCAGAUGAAGGAGGAGCCUGUCGAGACACAGCCUGUGGAGGUGCAGGCUGACAGUGGAGCGGACAGAAGGACAGGCUACCUCAUGGGAGUUGUCGUGGAAGCUAAAGGCAAUCAGAGCUACGCUAUAGCGGCCAUCAGCGAGUACCUGGACGAGCUUGGCUACAUGAGUAUGGAAGUUCAGUUAGACGGAGAACCAGCACUGGAGGCACUCAUGAAUGGAGUGAUUUCGGAGCGUAUCAAGAAGCUCGGCAAAGAGGCAGCUGAAGCUCAACUUCGAGUACGGCUAGUUCCAAAAGGAAGCCACGCUUCUCAAGGUGGAGUUGAGAGUGGAGUCAAGUCGGUUGCAGGUCUUGCGAGGACUGGGCGUUUGGCUCUGGAGAAGCGUUACAACAUGAAGUUCACUGAGGAUGUACCUAUCAUACCUUGGAUGAUUCGGCAUCAGAUAUUCUGCCACAACAGGUACCAGCGGAGGAGGAGCAGCGGUCGCACAUCUUUCGAGGAGCUCAGGUUGGCACCGUACACUUCACCCAUGCUGGAGUUCGGAGAGACAGUGAUCGGCAAGGAGCACACGGAGCUGCAGGACAAGCUGGGUACAGCCUGGUGCAAGGGACUGUGGCUCGGACGCAGUUCGAAGAGUGAUGCUCAUCUUAUCGGCACGGCGACGGGGGUAGUUCAGGCCAGGACAGUGAAGCAGCUGACGACGGAGGAGAGCUUCGACAUGGAGAUGCUCAAAGCCAUGCGUUGGACGCCUUGGAGGACCUCGGUUAGAGCUGGAGUCUACGAGGGCGAGAAUUGGCAGCCGACGGAAGGAUGCCCUGGGUGUGAGUAUGCAGCUAAAGGUCAGCACGGACGAGGACGGCCACCACACCACAGCAGGACAUGCCAGCAGCGUCGGGCCGAGUACGAGAAGUCAAUCGCCAGCAAGGACGACGAGCAGCCGAAGGUGGUCGUGGUUCCCGUACCUACGGCCAGCUCGGAGGCUAACAACGGCGAGCAGCAAGCACAGCGACCAGCAGGGCCAGAGCCAGCACAAGGUCAAGAUCCAAUUGAAGCAGUACGUCGGGAGGUGCAGAAGAUCGAGAGGAGGCUUCGUGGCAAGCAGGGAGUACCAGCUCCAGGGGCACCCGCUAAGCGAGGAGCUGCUGAUGCUGACCUCGGUGAAGGCGGCCCUGGAGGCCCACCUGGGAAUCGAGGCCUGGUGGGAGCCAUCGAGAGCUUGAGUACUGGCGACCUCAAGAGGCUCGUGGCGGGCUUCAGCACGGAUGAGAUGAUGAGGCUCGUGGGCGAGGUCGACAAGGAGCUGAAGGAUGACAGCGAGUUCAGCAUCGUGAUGGGCUGGACCGAGGACGACGAGUGGGAGGCGAAGCAGUGCGAGCUGGAUCGGUUCGACAACUACGACGUGUGGGAGCUCAAGCUGAGGGACCCUCACGGGCCUAAGGCACUUACGUGGGCUUGGGUUUUGGAGAUGAGGAGUGGUGAGCUCAAGGCGAGGCUUUGUGCGCGACCAUUCGGCAAGCAGGUCAACAAGAGCAAGAAUGAGCUGUACUGCCCUACUCCACUUUCGUUCUCACUCAAGCUGCUCAUGGUCUACGCUAUCGUUAAGGAUUUCGCCAUCUUCUUUUUCGACAUAUCUCGAGCGUUUCUGUACACGCCGAUUCGGGAGUUGGUUUACGCAGAGGUCCCGAAGGAGUACUGCCAUCUUCCCGAUAGUUCGGAUUGGGUUUUCAAGCUCAAUAAGACCGUCUACGGACUUAACGAGGCGAUGGUCGAUUUCGACGACCACUUUGAGAACAUCGCUACAGGACGGAGUGAUGAAUCUAAGAUGACUUUCAAGAGGUUUCUUUCUGACCCGUGUACGUUUGCAGACAAGGCUAAUCAAGUUGCUAUGUCCAAGCAUGUUGACGAUGGUACGCUGGUGGGACCCAGGGUUUCAGCCAGCAACGCGUUGGAGGAGCUCGGCGCACAUUUUCUACUUAAGGUUUCUGAGCUCACAGUUGGUGGUCCUGAGAUCAAGCACCUUGGACGUGGCUGGCUCCGCACCCCCGAAGGUAUUCAAGUUCGCAUGUGGCCUGCUAUUGUCAAGAAGCUACUCGACUCUGAGCCCAAUGAUAAGAAGACGAGCCCAAUACCAGGAGUCAAGAACGAGAAGAAGGUCGAGAGCGAGGAGGAGUUGGAUUCCAAAGCGGCCACAAAGUUCAGGAGCGCCAACGGCCUCAACAUGUUCGCGUGCUUGGAGAGGCCCGAGUGUCAGUACGCAGCGAAGGAGUGUUCGAGGGGGAUGUCACGACCGACGGCGCAGGACCAAACGAGGCUCACGCGCAUCAUCAGGUUCAUUCGAGCUCACCCAUCGUCAGUCACGCGCAUGUAUCCAGACAGCGGCGAGUUCAAGGUUAUCGGACGUGCAGACUCUAAUUGGGCAGAGGAUCCUAUCGGGAGGAAGUCUACAAGUUGUGGUCAGUUGUUUCUCAAUGGAGCUUUGAUCAUGCAGUUCGUCGAGACUCAGGGGGCACCAGCACUCUCGUCGCCCGAAGCUGAGUUUAACGCACUCGUGCAUGUCGGGAUUGAGGCGAGAGGAGCACAUACUUAUCUCAAGGAGCUCCUGGACGAAACUGUACCAGUGACGCUGGAGAGUGACAACUCCAGCGCUCUCACGAACGUCGAGAAAAAGGGAGUUGGCAGGAUGAGGCGCAUCGAGUUGAAGGAUCUGUGGAUCAAGGACCUAGUCGCGCGCAAGGCUGAGACGAAGGUCAGCACGAGCAAAGUUCACACCGACGAGAACACCGCAGAUCUUGGGACGAAACAUCUUUCGAGGGUCGAUUUCAUGAAGCACCUAACGGCGAUGAAGGUUUGGCGCACUGGGAAAGGUGAGGUUGGUGGAAUUUCGGGUUCAAGCAACGAGAAGAAGGGCCAGAUCGGUAAGCCUGCGCUGGAGCUGAUGGGCGCACUUACUCAAUGCUUGGUGGGUCUUAGUACGUUUCUUCAAUUUGGACGUGCGGACGCUACUGAGUUGGUGGAGAAGGAGUUUCAGCCAGUCGCGAUCUCAAGCCCUGCAGAUGAUGAGAGCCAUUUUGGCGUUUCCACAACGGUCGUGAUGAUGAUGCUCACCCUUUUGAGUGUUAUCGCAACGAGUGCAGUCUUCAAAGUCAAGCAGCACAUUGACCGUAUCACGCAGCCAGCACAGAAAGAUGCCUCAACUCAGUACAGCCUGAAGGACACGAUGAAGAAUGGAGCUACGAGCAAGAUCGUGGCCAAUGAUCUUCGGGCUAUGUUCACAGCUAUGACUAUAGACAAUGGACGGGAGUUUCUACGGCUACGGCGAGUGGAUCGGGCCGUCUCGACAUAUACAAAGGCGAUGGUGGUCGAAGCCUGCGUGGCAACCGCCCUCAACGAGAUAAGGCAGGACAAUAUCUACAGUGUUGAUGGGUUUGUCGGGAUUUGGCACCCUGACUCGCUGGCUAUGAUUCGAUACUGA